AUGCGUUUCAGUGCCACAUGUUCCUCUUGAGGCACUGUAGUUGCACGGAGCCAGCAGCCUAGCAUGUGAUUCCACAUGAUGAAAGGAUGGUGUAAACACCGUUGUGUCAGUUGUAGCAAAGUUAGAAGUAAAAAUGGAAAACGAAAGCUCCACCUUGCCCACUAAUGUUAGCACUCGCUGCACUUUCUUCAACACAGACCCUGACGACUACCACUGUGAUGUCAUUUUGACAGUUAAGAGAGCCACAGGGACCUUUUCACUGAUUGGAUGCCUCUUCAUGCUGUUUGUCAUCUGGCUACUGCGCAGAUACAACUCCCUGGCUCAGAAGAUGGUUGUGAGCCUGACAGUGGCUGCCUUCUUCGACAGUGUUGCCUAUGUCAUGGGCGAGUCUCAUCCUGUAGGGUCUCUUUGUAACUUUCAGGCCUGGUGGCUCACAUACUUUG